CGCCUGAGUUGAAAUCGUAACGGUUAAAGAGUUUGAACUUGAUAAGUUUUAGUGUUUUGGUGUUCGCAAUGGACAAAACAGUUGUCAUUAGUAGGAAUAAUCGUGACUUUUUAAAUAAAGUACCACCUGAAUACAAGAAUGAGGUUGAAAAUGCUACUAUACAAAUGGAAGAUAUUAUUAAGAGCAGAUCAGGUGUUCCUCCUAAGUGGACAUUAGGUGACUUUCAAAUUGGCAAACCGCUCGGAAGAGGAAAGUUCGGUCGAGUCUUUUUAGCACGGGAGAAGAGAACUAAGUAUUUAGUUGCUCUUAAAACUUUGAUCAAAAUGGAAUUGGUGAAGUCAAAAAUGCAGCACCAAGUUUUACGAGAGAUUGAAAUACAAACUCAUUUGAAGCAUCCAAAUAUCCUUCAGUUGCUCACCUACUUCUAUGAUGAUCGCCAUAUUUAUCUUGUGUUGGAAUAUGCAGCUCAAGGAGAGUUAUUUACAAUUUUACAGAAACAAAAAAAUAGGCGGUUCACUGAAGACAAAGCAGCUAAAUAUACGUAUCAAGUUGCUGAUGCCCUAAAAUAUUGUCAUACCAAAAGUGUCAUGCAUAGGGAUAUCAAGCCCGAAAACUUGCUAUUGGAUAUAAAUGAUAAUGUAAAACUUGCUGAUUUUGGUUGGUCUGUCCAUGCCCCUUCAAAUAAGAGAAGAACUGUUUGUGGAACACCAGAUUAUCUUCCUCCUGAAAUGCUUGACAAUCAGACAUAUUCAGCCAAAGUUGAUAAUUGGUGCUUAGGUGUCUUAUGCUUUGAAUUUUUAGUGGGUAAGCCACCAUUUGAAACACCUGGUGGUAAUGAUAUAUUGUAUAAAAAAAUAGCAAGCCUCCAGUUUGAAUAUCCAUCAUUUCUAAAAAAUGAUUGUCGGGAUUUAAUAUCAAAAUUAUUGAAAAAGGAUCCAAAUGCUAGAAUUUCUUUUGAUGAAGUGAUGCAGCAUCAUUGGAUCUUACGUAAUUACAAACCUGUAUGAUAAAUUUAGUAUUUUUAAUUUAGUUGUAAAACAAAUAAUUAAAUAUGGUUUAAUUUUGAGAAAGGAAAGCACCCCACUAUGAACUAGAUGUUGGUAGCCUGGUCACAAAAAAAAAAUCGUAUUAGUUGUUGAAAAGAAAAAUGGAAAAUUGCAAUGGUCUUGAAUUUUUUUUAACAAUAAUAAAUAUUGGUGUUCAGAAUGUUUAAAGAAUGUAAAUAUGUAUUUUAAUACCAUGUAGAUUGAGAACAUAAGUUCCAAAAGUAGUUCACUAGGCAACAGCAUAAAAAGUGAACACUAAUAUCAAUAAUUUGUAGUAAUUUCUUUGUCUUAAUGUAUUUUAUUUGUUAUUGUAAUAAUUUAUUUUUAUGAUUAAUCGGCGUAAGAUAAGUUAAAAAACCAUGUAAUUAUGCAGAAAAAUAUAAUGUAUAAUAAUAAAUGUUAUAAAUAUAUUAAAGAAUAUUUU